CUCAAGGGGGCGAGGUCAGAGGCGGGCAGGGAGACAAGGCUGACCAGAAGGAGGCGCGGGGCCCAGCGUGUGGGCGGCCGGCUGAGGUCCUGCCCCGUCCAGGCCAUGUCUUGUCUGCUUCACACCAUCUGCCAGGGGCCCCGCAGGGUCGUCCUCUCAGGGUGGCCACCAGUGGGGGUGGCGCUCUGCCUGGGGACCCCUCAGGCCACCCUGACCCUGGCCUCAUUCAGACAAGUGGUCUGGCAAGGCCAGUCUGUGCAGUGACUGUGUCGGGGUAGCCCUGCCUGCCCAAGAAAGCCUGGGAAAGGGUGGCAGCCUGUGCAAAGGCCCUGAGGCAGGGAUCCGGAGGGGUGGGAGUGGCAGCCAGGCCAGGGGGCAGGGCACGGGGUGGAGGGAGGCAGAGAUGGUGACACGGGCCCAGGUCCUAGGUGGACGGAGCCCGUGUGGAAAGCCCUGCCCACAGAGACGCCCUCCAGGCUUGCAGAAGGGCCCUAAGCCUCAGUGCCCCCGGGGCCAUGGGGCUGUGCCCUGAGCUGAGCCCAAGGGCACCCACAUGGAAGAGGGCCCAGCACCUACCACAUCCAAGCUGGGUGCCCCCCGUUUCUGCGCUUCCUGUCUGCACAGAGGGCAAAUGAGGGCCCAGAGAGGGCGAUCUGGGGUGCCCAGCAAGGCGGCUGCAGCGCCAGGCCAACCCCACCCUGGGCCAGCCCUUCCCUCUACCCCGUGUCGGCAGCUGAGCCGGCUCACAGGGAUCGGGGCCCCCUGGCCUCCGUGACCCCCUCAAACUGACGAAGAGGGUCCCCGAGCAGCUCUGCCCACGGCUGCAGUCACAAGCCACAGGUCGCCUGGCGCAACAACUCCAUGUCUGGGGCGCAACACCCCAUCCCUGUUCAUGGGUCAGGGAGCGAAGUGCCCCCAGACCAGGGCAGGGCCCCAAGCAGGGUCUCAGUGGGCCCAGAUGCCUGGCCAGGGGCUCGGGAUGGGGGAGGCAAGACGGCGCGGGUGGUCCUGGUCCUGGGCUUCCUGAGGCGGCGUCCCUGUGGGUCCAGGAGCAGUGGAGGGCAGGGGGCUGGGGAGAGGCCUCCUCCCUGCUCCCCUUGCACGGGGGCCCCACCCCAGGCUCACCUUGGGAGGGGACAGAUGGAAACGCUGUGGAGGGCGGCGGCGGAGGUCCCUGUCCGGGGCCUUGUCCUUAACUCCCACCCCAGUGCGCAUACGCUCCCCUGCGCCUGGCCUCCUGCCUGCCAUGGGGCCGUGCCAAAGGGCCCAGCACGUACAGCUGCUCUGGGUAGUACAGCUCAUAAGUACACAGUGGCCAGCCCUCUGGCUGGGUGGGGACCGGAAGCUGGGGUUGGGGGGCUCCAGGCCUCUUCCUUCCACGUCAUCCUGGAAGACUUCCUGGAGGAGGCGUCUAUGCUGAGCCUGGAGGACGCGGUCAGGACCAGGAAGAGCAUGGCGGAGGCAAGAGGGGACUGCUGGCCCAGGCAGGGUGAGCCGGGCGGCAGAUACGGCAGACGUGCGGGCCUCCCGGCACGGGAGGCAGCCAGGGUUAAUCAUUUGCCGGCGGCCUUGACCCUCACCCUGCUCCCGCGUCCCGCCGCUCCUCACGCCAGCCCAGGAGGAGCCAUGGGGUGCUGGGCCUGGGUCGCCAGCCCCUGCCCCCCGCCCAGGCCAGCCCUGCUGUUGCUGCUGCUACUGCUGCUGCCUCGCGGGGCACAGCCCCAGGCUGCCAGGAGCCAAGGGGAGCCCCCAGGACACAACGCCACAGUAACUCCUGUGACCCCUGUAACCUCAGUGACCCCCAGCACUGCAGCCGUGGGAGCAUCCCAGACAGAGGGGCCCCCUGGUGGAGGGCUCACCCCCCUGCCCUGGGGAGCCCCCUCCAACGGCCCUAGGGGCACAGCAGUGCUCACCGAGGCCGGGCAGCCCUGCAGGUUCCCAUUCCGCUACGGCGGCCGCAUGCUGCACUCUUGCACUGCAGAGGGAAGCGCCCACAGGAAGUGGUGUGCCACGACUCACAACUAUGACCGGGACAGGGCCUGGGGCUACUGUGUGCAGGACCCCGCUCCCCAGGGGGGCCCAGCCCCCCGGGACCCCUGUGCCUCUGGCCCCUGCCUCCACGGAGGCUCAUGCUCCAGCACACAGGACCCCGAGUCACACCACUGCACCUGCCCUGAGGCCUUCACCGGCCAGGACUGCGGCACAGCAAAGUGCUUUGAUGAGAGCCGCUACGAGUACCUGGAGCCGGGCGAUCGUUGGGCCCGCGUGCACCAGGGCCGCGUGGAACAGUGCAAGUGCGCGGGGGGCCAGGUCCACUGUGAGGGGACCCGCCACACAGCUUGUCUGAGCAGCCCCUGCCUGAACGGCGGCUCCUGCCACCUGAUCGUGGCCACCGGGACCACCGUCUGCGCCUGCCCCCCAGGCUACGCCGGGCGGCUCUGCAACAUUGUGCCUGCCCAACGCUGCUUCGUGGGGACCGGCACCGAGUACCGAGGCGUGGCCAGCACGGCGGCCUCAGGCCUCGGAUGCCUGCCCUGGAACUCCGACCUGCUCUACCAGGAGCUGCACGUGGACUCCGUGGGUGCCGCGGCCCUCCUGGGCCUGGGCCCCCAUGCCUACUGCCGGAACCCAGACAAGGACGAGAGGCCCUGGUGCUACGUGGUGAAGGACAGCGCCCUCUCCUGGGAGUACUGCCGCCUGGCGGCCUGCGGUGCGCGCAGCUGGAGGUGGUCCCGGGAGGCGCAGGAAUCCCUUGCCAGGAUUCAGCCCCCGCCCACCGAGGCCCUGCUGACCCUGCCUGGGCCCGAAGCCGCUGGACCAGCUGGACGCCAGACCUGCGGCAAGAGGCACAAGAAGAGGACCUUCCUGCGGCCCCGCAUUAUCGGCGGCUCCUCCUCGCUGCCCGGCUCCCAUCCCUGGCUGGCCGCCAUCUACAUCGGGAACAACUUCUGCGCGGGGAGCCUCGUCCACACCUGCUGGGUGGUGUCUGCCGCCCACUGCUUCUCUAACAGCCCCCCCAGGGAGAGCGUCUCCGUGGUUUUGGGCCAGCACUUCUUCAACCGCACGACGGACGUGACACAGACAUUUGGCAUCGAGAAGUACAUCCCGUACCCGCUGUACUCGGUGUUCAACCCCAGUGACCACGACCUCGUCCUGAUCCGGCUGGAGAAGAAAGGGGAGCGCUGCGCCGUCCGCUCCCAGUUCGUCCAGCCCAUCUGCCUGCCCGAGCCCAGCAGCCCCUUCCCUGCGGGACACAAAUGCCAGAUAGCGGGCUGGGGCCACCAGGAUGAGAACGUGAGCGGCUACUCCCCUUCGCUUCGGGAGGCGCUGGUCCCCUUGGUCGCGGACCACAAGUGCAGCAGCCCUGAGGUGUAUGGGGCCGACAUCAGCCCCAACAUGCUGUGUGCCGGCUACUUCGACUGCAGGUCGGACGCCUGCCAGGGGGACUCCGGCGGGCCACUGGCCUGCGAGAAGAACGGCGUGGCCUACCUGUAUGGCAUCAUCAGCUGGGGCGACGGCUGUGGGAGGCUCAACAAGCCUGGCGUCUACACCCGCGUGGCCAACUACGUGGACUGGAUCAACGACCGGAUUCGCCCCCACAAGCGACCCGCGAGUCCCUCCUGAGCCCCCCUCUACCCCGGGGCCUUGUGUCCUGCUGUUCCCUCCUUGCUGCCAAUAAAGAUGUUUCCAAGACCCCCCCACA